ACAGGUGGAGGUGAGCAGGGUGUAGUCUUUCUGACGCAGGUGUUUUGGUGGAUGUGUUGUUUUCUGUCUCCUCGAACAACCAGGUAACCAUUAACCUUCUCAGGUCAGAAUCUAAAGACACGAAUCAUGGCGGUCAAGAUAAAAGUCGAAUACUGCGGCGGAUGAGGCUACGAGCCUCGCUUCCAGGAGCUGAAGCGGGGCAUCCGCGCCAAGUUCCCGGAUGCUGAGGUGUCAGGCUUCGUGGGCCGAAGAGGAAGUUUUGAAGUACAGAUCAAUGAACAUCUGGUCUUCUCAAAAUUAGAAACAGGAGGAUUCCCUUAUGAAGAGGAUAUUAUGGAUGCCGUUGUAAAGGCUAAGGAUGGAAAGCCUGAGAAGGUCACCAGAAACCGUAAAGAGUGUAUCAUCCUCUAAAGCCCAGUACCAUCUCUUCUGUCCGGUCCACACCAGCAUCUUAAUGCUCUAUUGCAGAAAAUGGUUUAAUUGUUUUUGAAGCUCUUCACUUGUCUCCUUUAUCACUCUAGUUUUUUGGACGUACAUGAUUGCCGUAGUUCAAAGUUCAAAAGUUAUGGUAUGAAGCUUUAGUCCAGAAAACUCUGAACCUGUGAUAAAGAAGAUGAAGUGAAGAGAAGAGUGCCUUUUUUCAUUUUGCUUAAUGGUCAGUUUUCCUGACACAAUAAUCAGUUUGUUCAGGAGAUAUGUGGCACACCUAGUCUUAUUCUGAUACCUAAAAAUUACAUGUAUUGAGUAGGAUUUAAAAUAUAAAGUUAUAGAAUGAUUUUUAGUUGAUAGAAAGACACAAAUAUUGUCAGGGUA